AUCGUAUCGAGUGGUUAUGGCCAUUUUUAGUUUCUACUUUGGAUCUUAUUAUGGAUCGGGGCGUGCGCAUUUGCCGGCAAACUGGUAAUAUACCAGUUUCUCGCUGAAAUCCCGGCGCGGCUGUCGUAAGCACGAUAUCGUCACCCCGAAACGCGCGCGUUAUAAUUCCGUAUAAAAGCGUCCCGCCGUGACACGGAUUGUCAUAUUCAGUCGUCAACCGCAGCCGUCGCAAAGUCUUCGAGUCGUUCAAUAACAAUUGUUAUUAUUAUUACUGUCGUUUAUCCGCGUGCAGUUCGACCGCCGUCACCAUGUUCGCCAAAGUAAGUAUACGAAUUUGAUAUUUUAUUUCAUGUCGGUUUUUUUGUUUUUUUUUUUUUUACUCUUUGGACGAUCGUCGUUACUGCACGGUCAAAAAUGACGAAUAAAAAAAACCGCGGCGAUCUCUACGUCCGCAUACGCUUUUAUAAGUUUUUUUUUUUUUUUUCUCUCAUUCCGUCCACGUACACAACAGGUAGCCGUUUGCUUCGCUUGCGUCGCCGUUCUCGCCGUACAGGCCCAAUACUACUCGGCCGCGUACCCGGCCGCCUAUUCCGCCGCUUACCCGGCCGCCGCCGUCUAUCAGCCGGUCGUGGCGUCCAACCCGUCGUACGCGUACAAGUACGGCGUGGCCGACCCGUCCACCGGCGACUACAAGUCGGCCGAGGAGAGCCUGUCCAACGGCGUCGUCCAGGGACAGUACAGCCUGGCCGAACCGGACGGCACAGUCAGGACCGUGUCGUACACCGCCGACGACGUCAACGGUUUCGUCGCUCAAGUCAGCAAGGCAGGCAAAGUCGCCGCGGCCGCUCCCGCGCCGGUCUACUCCGCUCCCGCACCGGUGUACUCGGCUCCCGCUCCGGUGUACGCGCCCUCCGUCUACCGCCCGGCCGCGGUGUACGCACCGGCGCCCGCCGUCUACCGUCCGGCCACGCUCUAUCACGUAGCCGCCACCGCCGCGCCCGUCUCCUACCCGUUCGCCGCCUACAAACGUCAAGUAUCGACGAAAUAAUGACGCAAUACCGCGUCUUCACGGGAAUACGUCACUGUCAUCGUAAUAUUAUUGCCAUCAUCGUUUUAUUUUUCAUCAGUAACACAAAUAUUAUUGGGCCGCAGGUGUUGUUGUCCUUCCCCUGUCCCGUUUCGUCUUUUCUAUACGUUUCGUCACGCGCGUAUGUAACUUAACGUCGUCGUUCUCGUAGUUUUCCACGUUUAUUGAGUACACCUAUUAUAUUAUGUGUAUAAUAUUUUUUUACUUAUAACAUUUUUUUCUCUCGAUAGCGCUCAAACAAAGUCCACGUAUAUCAUCGUAACAUAUACGCGAUUCAUUUGUCUCGCAGCUUAUGUCCAAACAUAAACAUUAUAUUUUAUAUCAUCAUUGUAUAAUUUUUUACCAUUACGAAUAUAAUUAUAAUAUAACGUACCUACGUUAAUUAUUAUCAUUAUAAGUAUACAUUUUAAAGGACAAUAUUAUUAUUAUAAUAUGUUAACAACGUCGAAAAUGCCUC